AUGUAUGGCACGCCUCGCUCCCACUCGACGAUGAAUGGACUGGGAGGCGAGGUCGUUGAUGGUUCCGGGACCAUCGAUCCGGCAAAUCUGAGCAACUCGGUCUCUGCUAUGCCGGCACCGUCCCCUGCUGAGCCAAGUCCCCGUGGUGUCAAGCGUAGUCGCACUCCAGAUCACGCUGGGAAUGGUCAUACAGAAGGAGAUCAGGAUGAUGAGGAUCAAGGUCGUCGCAAGCGUGGUCGUCCCCCCAAGACGCCUCGGGCCAGCUCCAACGACCAUCCAGCCGCGGGUACCCCGGUUCAAACGCCCCAAAUGCAACCCCGGCCCCUUCCUCACCAGGCUGCCGGGUCACCGCCGCUUGCAUCGCCUCCCGACAAAGCCACUCCGACAAAGACGCUAGUCAAGGCGCUUCCGACCGUCAGGGAUCAUACAUCGGAUCAGCUGAACGAUGAGGGCGAUGAGUACAUCCCCAAGGAAUUUGACGAUGCGGGGGAGACAAAGGUGGAUGCUAUGGGAUAUCCGCUUGGCGGUCGUGAAUACAAAUGCCGGACUUUCCGUGUACCCAACCGAGGCACCAAGCUCUUCAUGCUAGCGACAGAGUGUGCGCGAGUAUUGAAUUAUCGGGAUUCAUACCUACUAUUCAACAAGAACCGCUCUUUGCACAAGAUUAUUGCUUCUCAGAUUGAGAAGGACGACCUGAUUGCGCAAGACAUUCUUCCGUACUCCUAUCGGUCUCGUCAAAUCGCCAUCGUUUCCGCCAGAUCCAUGUUCCGCCAGUUCGGGAGUCGUGUGAUCGUGAACGGUCGACGGGUUCGGGAUGAUUAUUGGGAAAGCAAGGCCAGGAAACAGGGCUUCACUGAGGAAGACAUGGCCGGUGAGAAACGCCCUGGGGCCACCAAGGCUCGAGAACCUCCGGUAGAGGCUCAGACUUCCACUUUGUUGCCGCUUCCCCACAACGAUGUCAUCUUCAGCAAUACGAUCGAGCCUCUACCGCCUGGCCUGUCUCUGGAUGUUACAAACUCUACUUCGUUGGCCCAGCUCCCGAUGAUUCAUAUGGCAACAACCGACGACCCUCGGCUGCGAGACUACAAUUCUAUGCCGCGCUCACGCCAGGAACUGACCGGCCAACCGUACCAGGACAACACGCGAACUAGUUCCGGCGCGGAGAUCAUUCACCAGGCCCAGACUGCGGCUGAUUUCAACAAGCUUUUAAGUUCUCAGCGAAGCUUCCGUCUGAAGGGCUUGGAUGAAUUCUACGCGAAGCCCCGUGAGGCUCCUGAAUCUGAGGGCCAGGCAACCACUGCCCUUGAUUCUGGCUUGUCUGUAUCGCAGCCCAUUCAGGCUGCCCAAAUACCACCGGCGGGGAUGGCAAACUCUACCCACGGUCAACAUAUGAUUCCUCCUCAAGCGAUGGUUCCUGGUCAGCAAGCUUUUCCCCAGCAGCCGCAUCAGCAACCGAUCGCGCAGUCCCCCGUCCGGGGUAUUCCCGCAGGCAUGCCACCCAACCUGAUGCACCAGCGAUCCAACCCUUCCAUGUCGGCUGGUCUGCCGCAGGGUGCCUACGCAUAUCCCUCUCAGCAGCCGCAACAGAUGUGGGGUCAACCACCACCGCAACCCCAACCCUCACCACUGUCCUCUUCGGGUCCGCAAGGGGUGGGGAUACCUCAAUACGGUCAGCAAAUGCCAGCAGGUCCGCAACAGGCACCGUCGCCGCUUCACCAUGGCCAGCAGCCUCAACAGUCCCCUCGCAACCAACACCGCCCCUCGGUGUCCCAAAUGCCCCAGCAGUUCCAGCAGAUGCAGCACCCGCAAAUGCAGCAGCAAAUGCAACAGCAAAUGCAAUAUGCAGCUGCUGGUUCUCCAGCCGGUUAUCCUACCAUGGCGCGGGCGAUGUACCCCUCCACGCAGGGUCCUGGCGGUCAAGCCUUCAUGACCGGCAAUCCCCAGCAAGCAGGUAUGGCAAUGAACAUGGGUGCAGGUGGUAUGCCUGGCUGGCCUGCUGGGGCGGGUGCGCCCAUGCAACCCGGUCAACCCCAGCCGGGUCAGUCCGGCAGCCCACUAGGAGGAUGGUCAGGCUACUAG